UUUCAGUUGAGGUUGGUUUUGGUUUCUUCCUCUCUCUGUACCCAUUUGACUAGUCAGUCUGAAAACAAUUCUAAUAAGUGUUUUGCUUUUGAUUUUGAAUGUGUAUUUUAUAUAUAAAGCACUUUUUGGCACCAUUACAAGAGUUGAUGGUUCAGAUAUAGUAGAUGUUAUGCAAAAGAUUUUGAGUAUCCUCUGCUUCAUUGAAGCCUUGAAAGAGCCACUGAAACUUCUUGGGAAGAAUUUCCAGCACCUUUCUUGUUAUACCAGUUUGUCGUGUUCAAGAUGGUCAUAGCCAAGGGACUAGUCUCUAGUUUAGUGAUUAUAGUGUUGAUCAUUUUCCCAGAAAUUGCUGCACAAGCUGUCUCACCUGCUGAAUCUGGACCAGAUAAUGUGCCAGAACCAAUGACACAAUCAGAUAAUACUAUUAGAGUAGAUCCUUUAGAUAAUUUCAGAAAAUACAGAGGAGGAUUUAACAUCACCAACAAGCAUUAUUGGAGUUCCUUGAUCUUCACUGGAGUAUAUGGAUAUGCAAUUGGGGUGCUCUUCAUUUUGUGUGGAAUAACAUAUGCAAGUUUUUUGGUAAUAACCAAAUUUUAUCACAAAGAUGAUGGAGGAAGAAGGAUGAAGAAGGUCUUUCCUUGUAAUUACAAGAGUUGUGAUCUUUCACUAAUUCUUUUGGCUAUAUUGCUCAUGAUAUUAGCUAUAGUUGCAACUGGGCUAGUUCUUGCAGGGAGUGCAAGGUUUCAUUCUGAAGCCAGAACUUCAGUUAAUAUUAUAAUCAAGACAGCAAAUGUUGCAUCAGAAACAAUACACAACACAGCAGGAGCAUUAAAAGACAUGGAAAUUAACUUGAUGGGAGCCAAUGACAAUGCUGAAGCUUCUGUGAAUCUUGACUCUACAACUAAAAGACUUGAUGAUGCAUCAGCAAAUAUUGAAAAGCAAGCUAAGAAGAAUAGGCGCCUCAUUAACAAGGGCUUGAAAAUAGUGUUUGCAGCCACCACCUUGAUUAUAAGCUUGAACUUGAUUGCUGUAACAGCUUUAUCAGUUUCUGGAGUUCUGAGAUUACAACGAGCAUUGUACAUGCUUGUUGUACUUUGCUGGUUGACAACUGUGAUAUGCUGGCUAUUUUUUGGAGUCUAUUUCUUCUUAGAAAAAUUUUCUAAUGAUGCAUGCACAGCUCUUGACAACUUUCAAGAAAAUCCCUAUAACAACAGCCUAAGCUCCAUCCUCCCUUGCGAUGAAUUGCUCUCUGCAAAACCAGUUCUAUCUGAUGUUAGUGCUGGGAUCUAUGACCUUGUUAAUAAGGUGAAUGCAAACAUAUCAGCCCUGCAGGCAACAUCAUAUCCAGAUCUUGUUCAAGUUUGCAAUCCUUUCUCCGAGCCACCAAAUUAUUUUUACCAGCCAGAGAACUGCCCAGCUAAUACUAUAAGAAUAGGAGAUAUUCCAAAGGUAUUGAAGGCUUUUACUUGUUUGGAUGCCAAUGAUGGGACCUGUGACAAUGGAAAUUUGAUAAGCAGCAGUGAAUAUGUGAGAGUUGAGGCUUACACAACUUCAAUUCAGGACCUGCUGAAUGUGUAUCCGAGCAUGGAACACUUGUUAGAAUGUCAGAUAGUAAAAGAUGCAUUCUCUCAAGUCCUUUCCAAACACUGCAAGCCUAUGAAGAAAUAUGCCAGGAUGGUGUGGGUAGGAAUGGUGUUCCUUGCAGUGAUCAUGGUAGUGUUGGUUGUGUUGUGGACUAUAAAGGCUCGCCGCGAGCACCGUUAUCAUAUUUCAGAUAGUUCUGUGGAACCCUUGGAAUCCAGACCAUCUAAAGAGAUUGAAAUCAGUUGAGUGCUACGUGAAAAGACUUUAAUUUCAAAUUACAAGAAGUGUUUCGUUCACUUUUUGUUUUGAAAUGCAAGCUAAUGUUCGUCUGCACUGAUGACAAACGAAUAACCAAACAUACCGUAAACUAAUCCUUAGUUAGUCAAUCAUAUUCUUUUUAGUCCUCAAGAUCUUAGGAAGCAGGUAUUGGAAGGCAAAUGCGCAAGCAGCCUCUCAAAUUCCAGUUAUGCAGUAUAGGAUACAAUUGUACACAUAUAUAUAUACAUACACUGAUACACAGGUCAAAGAAUAGACCAAGGGUGUCAAGAAUUUUCCUUUGAUAGUAUACUUUUCAGUUUUUAC